UCAGGGGCCAGUGAAAUAGAGCCAUUACCAGACGCUUUGUCCCGUGGAGAAAUGGAUACAUUCAGAGUUUUUCUGCUAAUGUUGUUGUUCUUUCAUUCAGUCACUACAGACGAACAUUUGGAAGCAUUCAUCAGAGAAUUCUACGAAUCAGUUAAUGUCCACCAAAUCGUAGUUUUUGGAUGUUGGAAUGAUGCUGGUGCGCUACAAUUAUCGAAAAAUAUUAUGAGACAUGACACAGCUGUUUCAUUUAAUUCGAUAACUCCAAAUAUGAAUCUGGAGGUAAUUCUCAAGGUGAAUUAUUAUCGUAUCGGAGUCAUGCUAGAUUUAGAUUGUCCUCUCAGUGAUGUCGUCCUACAUCAGUUCUCGAAUCAAUUGGUUUUUAAUGAGUCGUAUAUAUGGCUUUUGCUCACAACCGGUCCAUCAGUUCCGAGCAAUCGAUUGGAGCAUCUUCCACUAUCGAUAGACGUCGAAAUGACUGCUGGAAUACGUAACAAUAACGAAUUUAUUCUCUAUGAUAUUUGGAAUCCAAGCUAUCGUCACAACGGAUUAUUUCACGUAAUCCCCAAAGGCCGCUGGAAUUUUAGAGAUGGACUGAUCAAUGAAUUAAUUCAGUACAAGUACACGCGCCGCAAUUUCAAUCAGAUGUCUCUGAAUUUUUCGAUAACCCUGAGGCAUCAGCCACUUCCGGAUCUAGAGACUUACAUCACAACCCCCAUAAAUCCACAGCUGGAUUCGAUGCAUCGUUACCAUUAUGCGCUUGUGUUAAUAUUAAAGGAUAUCUUCAAUUUUACCAUAAAUUUGCAUCGGGCCAGUUCCUGGGGCUACAUGAGACCAGACAAGACCUUCGACGGAAUUCUCGGGGACAUGGCGAAGAAGAUAGUUGAUAUCAGUGCAUCACCAUUUCGAUACAGACCCGAGCGAUAUGAUGUCGCCGAGUUCACGGUUCAAACACUGCUUGUGAGAUCAUUCUUCAUCUUUCGACACCCCAGCAGCGCUUCUCUCCGGAAUAAUUUUUUGAAACCCUUUGCCAAUGAACUUUGGUGGAUGAUACUCGUGGUGAGCAUCGUCUACUGGAUUUCUCUGUUGAUUACCAUCAGGAUUCAAAAACACUACGCCAAAUCCAAUUCUUUGGUGGUACCAGCAUCUGAGGCAACUCUCACUACAGUCGCAGCUCUUUCUCAGCAAGGAGUUGCCGACGAUCCACAAAUAAUUUCUGGGCGGAUUGUCUUUCUGUCUCUCUUCAUUUGGGGUCUUCUGUUAUUUCAAUUUUAUUCAGCGAGUAUUGUUGGGUCACUUCUCACAACUCCUCCGCAUACAAUCACAACAGUUAAAAAUUUGACUGAUAGUGACAUGGACGUUGGGGCGGAAGAUGUUGCAUGGGCUCCUGACAUGUUCAGGACAACCCCCAUUGCAGAAGAAAAAGAACUGUACUUGAAGAAAAUCAAGCCCCACGAGAACACACCGAAGAACAAAUUCGUUCCUCUUUUAGAAGGCAUGGGGAAAGUGAAGAAGGGAGGAUUUGCGUUUUAUACUGAAUCCGCACCAGCUUACAAAUUAAUCAAGGAUACCUUUCACGAAGACGAAAUAUGUGAACUCCAGGAAAUUCAAUCACAUCCCGCACGGGAAGUUACAAUGGUGACAGCCAAGCAUUCGCCAUUUACAAAACUCAUAAUCUACGGACUAAGAAAAAUCAUUCAACAUGGCUUAGCUGCUCACACCUUAGAGAUCUGGUAUGCGUCCCGUCCUCGAUGCCCCGAGACCCACAACUCUAAACCAACAGCUGUCAAGUUCGAACAAUUUGUCCCGGCAAUUUUCCUUCUUCUCAUGGGAAUCACCGCCUCGAUCUUCAUACUGGGCAUAGAGUAUUUGUAUUUUUAUCAGACUGAAAGGCUUGACAACUCCCAGGAAGAAUAUUCCGCUCAAGCGACUAAAACUAAUCCAACACCUGAGCCCUGCACAGAAGAUUAUGUUGCUAAACUUUACAUUUCAAAUUGUGAAGGAGAUAAGUCCAUGAUGAAACUCAUGGUGAUUUUGAUUCUGCUUCAUUCAGUAAAUUGUGAUGAAAUCUUGGAGCAAUUUACUAGAGAUUACUAUCGGGCGAAUAAUGUUCGUCAGAUCACUGUUUUUGCCUGCUGGAAUGACUUUGAUGCUUUCCAUUUCACGAGGAAUGUCAUGCAACUCGACAUGACCGUUUCAUUCAUUCCAAUCCCAUCUACAAUGGAUUUGAUCAAAAUUUUGCAAGUAAAUUAUUUUCAUGUUGGAGUCAUGUUAGAUCUGGAUUGUUCGGACAGUGGAACUGUGCUGGAAGAGUUUUCAAGGAAAUUGACGUUCAAUGAAACCUAUCUCUGGCUGCUCUUUACUGGGGCUUCAGCCCCACCCAAUGACAGAUUGAGACAUCUUCCUCUGUCAGUGGAUACAGAGAUGACAGUUGCGAAUCGAGAGAAAGAUAAAUUCGUCCUCUACGACGUUUAUAAUCCGAGCUAUCGUCACAAUGGUGCCUACAACAUCACCUACAAGGGCCAAUGGAUCUUCAAAAUUGGUUUGAAUGAUGUCUUGACACAAUAUAAAUACAAACGCCGUGGAAAUUUUCAGUUGCUGCCAUUGAAUUUUUCAAUUGUUUUGACAAAUCCACCUAAACCUGAUUUCGAAACCUAUAUAACGACUCCGAUAAACCGACAGCUUGACACAAUGAGUCGUUACCAUUACUCCUUGGUAUUGUUGCUGAGAGAUAUUUUCAACUUCACAUUAUAAUGAAGGUUAUUUGGGCAGAAGAGAGGCGAGAGGCGCUUUCGAAAUUCCCGCCUCGGAAAGUGGAUUGAUAGCAUUGGCCGCGCUUUCUCAACAAGGUUUGAGCGAAGGUCCUCAGAUAAUCUCAGGGCGAAUCGUUUUCCUGUCUCUAUUUCUAUGGGCGCUUCUCCUGUUUCAAUUCUAUUCUGCCAGCAUAGUUGGCUCUCUUCUAACAUCACCUCCUCGAACUAUCAAUACAAUUAAAAAUCUAAGUGACAGUCAACUCGAGGCCGGAGCUGAAGAUAUUCCCUGGAUGUAUGAUUACUUCAAUAUUAUGAAGACUCCUUCCCACAUUGAGUUGUACCAGAAGAAGAUAAAACCGAACAGCAAAAGACCUAAAGGCUCCUUCUGGACAGCUGUCGACGGAAUGAAGAAAGUGAAGAAAGGGGGAUUUGCGUUCUACAUCGACACUGCCACUGGUUAUAAUCUGGCCCAGAAUACACUUGAAGAGAACGAGAUUUGUGAAUUGCACGAAAUGCCGAUGAUUACUUGGGCGAAGGUGACGUUACUCACUGCUAAACGUUCUCCAUUCAAAAAAAUGAUUAUCUACGGAUUGAGACAAAUCGUGCAACAUGGUCUGAUGAUUAAACAGUUCUCAAUUUGGUACACACCUCGACCUAAAUGUCCAGAGAGUUACAGUUCUAAGCCGGUUCCAGUCGGAUUGAAAGAGUUCAUUCCAGCAAUCUUUCUGCUGUUCAUCGGGGUUUCCUUUGCGUUUUUCGUCCUGUUUAUUGAAUUUAUACAUUUUUGGAGAGUUGAGGGACGUUCUCCUUUCAAAAAACUCCGCAAUGAAACCGCAAUGAAUGAAACCCCUGAAGACAUUCCAGAAUUCAAUAUUGAUGAGUGGGAUCAAAAAAGUGUUGUUUUCACUGAUUAAUUAUCCCUUAUCAACUCAUUCUGAGAUGAUGUUUAUCGCCGUUAAAUAAGGAAUUUGUUGUUCAUUCGUGAAGU